AUGGACGACUCCGACUGCUGCGACUCCACCUGGGAGGAGGACGAGGAGGACGCGGAGGGAGACGCGGAGGGUCCAGAGAAGGGGGUCGACGCGGACGGGGACGCACCGGGGGACACGGACGAGGAAGACGACGACGACGACCAGCCGCGGGCGGGGCGACACGGCGCCUUCCAGGCCAGGGUGCUGGUGUCUCGGAACUGGCGGGCUAUGCAGGACAUGUGCAGAUACCGGCACCACUACCCGGACCUGGUGGAGCCAGACUGCAAUGGGGAUAUGCCCAACCUGAGCUUCUACAAGAAUGAGAUCCGCUUCCUGCCGAAUGGCUGCUUCAUCGAGGAGAUUCUCCAGGAUUGGAGGGAAGACUACCAGCUCCUGGAGGAUAACCACUCCUACAUCCAGUGGCUGUUCCCUCUGCGAGAGCCCGGAGUGAACUGGCACGCCAAGCCCCUCACACUGAGGGAAGUUGAGGCCUUUAAGAGCUGUCCGGAGGUCAUGGAGCGGUUUGUCCAGGCCUACGAGCUCAUGCUGGGCUUCUAUGGGGUGGAGCUGCAAAACCGGGACACAGGCGCUGUGCGCCGAGCACACAACUACCAGAGACGCUUCCAGAACCUGAACUGGCACAGCCACAACAACCUCCGCAUCACACGCAUCCUCAAGUCGCUGGGCGAGCUGGGCCUGGAGCAGUACCAGGCGCCGCUGGCGCACUUCUUCCUGGAGGAGACGCUGGUGCGGCGGCAGCUCCAGGGGGUGCGGCAGAGCGCACUGGACUACUUCGUGUUCGCCGUGCGCUGUCGCCGCCAACGCCGCGCGCUGCUGCGCUUCGCCUGGGAGCACUUCCGGCCGCGGAGCAAGUUCGUCUGGGCGCCCCACGACAAGCUGCAGCGGCUGCUGCCCCACCAGCCAGGAGACAACGGCCUGGAGAGCCUCCAUGACAAGGCUGCCCAGGGUCAGCCCAGCCGACCAGGUGGACCGGGCGGGGACGGUGUGCCCCAGGAGUCAGAAUCUCCCAAGAGAGAACUCGACAGUGUGGGUGUUGAAGUGAGGCCUUGUGGGGAGCAGGAGCCUGCGCCCACCAGCCCCAUAGAAAGCAAGAAGAGGAAGCUGGAGGUGAACCGGGGCGACCCAGGCCCACAGAGCCCCUCAGAGGUGGAGAGGAUAGCUCUGAACCUGGAGGGGUGCGCCCUCAGCCAGGGCAGUCUCGGGACCAGUGCCCAGGAUGCAGGGACCCAGGACCUCGAGGAAGAAGAGCAGCCCUGCACCCAGCCCACGGGUGCUAAGGUGGCUGACGAGGUCAGGAAGCGGCGGAAGGUGGACGAGGGCACAGUGGGCAGCAGUGAGACCCCAACACCAGCCCCUGCCUGCACCUCUGCUGCGUCCAGAGCACCAGAGAAUGUGGGGGAUGAGAGUGGAGGGGGUGAGGGUGCGCUCAACGAGGCUGGAAGCCUGACGGCAGAGGAGGGAACUGUUGACAGGAGCCCUGCUGAGGGCCCCAGUCAGGCCCUGGCCCCCCUCCAUGAAGAGGUGUCCACAGCCACACCCACAGAGCCAUAG